ACCUAAAUUUUGUACGGAGCAUAAUUAGCGGAGUGUUUGCAAUUGUUUCGAGUUUUCAACGAGUGCUUUGAAGGCGGGUAGUUGUGUCGGAAAUGGUGGCCGGCCGGAACAAUGMUGUUAAGAGAUGCGGCUGAAGUUGUCCGGUGACGGAGGAGAGUAUUUGAGUGGUGAGAUUGGAGGUCAAGUGUAGGUCAGAUUCUAAAAAACCCUACCGGAAGAGAAAGGAAAACGACCGUUGUACACUCGAUGGAAAGUAGUACGAAUUCGUCAAAAUCAUUGAAAAGACGACGAGACGAAGAGGAGGACAUACCUGAAUCUCACGACUCCGAUCAAUCUCUUUCACUAGAAGAUAAUCUUAUAUUCAACGAUACCAUGGUUGCUCUUCGCAUGAUGCGCGCACAAUUUCCUCAUAUCGAUAAGGUUACURUUGAGCCCUUUAUUCUACGAUCCCAAUUGUAUAGCAGUUUGAAGGAUAGAACACAAGUUGAUAGAGAAUUAGAGUCAUUGAGGAGGGAGAAAGUUUUGCGCAUUUUCAAACUAAAUACUGGACAGGAUGAUCAUGCUGUAAUGUUUAUGGAAGAUUAUUUGAACCAGAUGAAACGAGCUGUGAAAAGCAUGGAAACAAAGAAGCAAAGCGUUCUUGCAGUUUUCAAGUGGUUUCAAGUGCAUGUUAUCCAUAGCAAGCCUGAACCUUGUAUUGGACAUCAAGAGCUAUGUUCRCUUUUAUCCAUAGGAGGAAAGGUGAAAGAUGAAGACAUAUCUCUCUUGAUAAAUGCUGGUCUUUUGGUGGAAUAUCCCAUAUGCCCAAGGUUCGAUUCUAGGCGUGCACAACAAUUGUGGCCGCUGAGUUUAUCAAGGMUGAUUUCUUGCAGUCACAAUUUGCCGGGAUUGGUCUAGGCAUAGCCUGGGACAUCCUUUCAAAACAUGGCAGGUGGGAAAAUAAAUGAUGGCAUGUUGAAUAUUUAUUAAUAUUCAAACGUCGUCCCCUCAGAAAUGAGAUCUCAUUGAUGGAUUUUGGUUUCUCAAUAGGUUGUUAAAUCUGUAUGCAAUAAUGUUAUCCUCCCUCUGUUCCGAAAAGUAAURUCAUUAUGGAUUUGUUUUGAUUUAUCAGCAAAAACAAUAUGCUUCGUCUGGCCUGAAGUAUUGCUUUGUUGUACAUUGAAAAUGAUUAUUAAACGAUACUAUAACAUGUUGCAAACUUGCAAUAAUAGAACAUAUUGAAACAACAAAGUUAAAAGAAAAUCAAUACUGAUUGUAAAUUUUAAACUUUCCAAGAAUCAAAAGUGGGAUCCUUUUUUUUGGAAGGGUGUCCCAGGUUAUGCCCUGACUAAUCUCGGCAAAUUAUGACCAUAAGACAUCAGCCUGUUAAACUCAGUUGUUUGUAAGACAUCAGCCUGUUAAACUCAGUUGUUUGUAAGACAUCAGCUGUGAUAAACUYAGUGGCCACAAUUGUUGUGGAUGCUUGGAAUUGAACCCAAGGCAAAUGGGAUAUUCCACCACAUCCCUUGGGCYUCAACCACUAUGCCACAACCCUUGUGGUUAAGUGGGAUCUCUUUAUGGAUGGGGAUAGUACAUCUUUUUUUGUGCUUACGGUAUUCAACAUUGUAAUUUUUUUUCGUGCACUUACGAUUCUAUAUGAACCCAACUUUCUUUCACUUCUGUUUUGUGGAAGGGCUCACUUUGUUUGGCAUGUCUCUUGGUUGGAAUUUAUAGCUCUUUUGUUCUUGUUUGCACAAUGUCUUGUAAGAAGCAAACAAAAUUGAGUCCAUUUGGGAAAUUGAACCGGAAGGUGUCGUUUUAGGUCAAUAAAUUGAGUCUAUGACCGACAUAGGACAUACUAUGCUGUUAUAUCGGUGAAAAUACAAAAUUGCGGUCGGGACCGAUAUUUGAAAUAGCGGUUAGAGCGGUGGUAUAGCGGUCCAAAAAUAG